GAGACCUCGGUGAGCAGCAGCGAGGAGUUUGACAUGAAUGACUCCACAUGGAUGUCAACUGAUCAGCAGCUCCAGGCCAGCCUCAGCCCCCCUCAAGAGGGAACCAUGCGCAGCCCCCCAAAUAUCCACAGCCAGGAGGACGACGACUCCUCUUCAGAGAGUUGCAGCGGGAACGGCUCCUCCACGUUGAACCCGUCCACCUCCAGCAGCACUCAGGGCGAUGCCACCUACGCCGAGGUGAACGGCAAUGGAGCGGGCGCCCCCAUGGACUUCAGCGCCUCGUCGGAGGACCAGCCCAUCAACCUCUGCGACAAGUUGGCCACUGCGCACGUCACCACCGCCUACCAGUCGGACAGCUGCAGCGCCGACGGCCUGCGCAGCCGGACGAAGUAUGGAGCCAAAAGCACAACAGAGUCCCCUCCCUACAGCUCCGGCAGCUACGACUCGGUCAAGACGGAGGUCAGCGGAUGUCCCGAAGACCUGACCGUGGGCAGAGCUCCCACUGCUGACGACGACGACGAUGACCACGAUGACCACGAGGACAACGACAAGAUGAACGACUCAGAAGGCAUGGAUCCCGAGCGGCUAAAGGCUUUCAAUAUGUUUGUGCGUCUCUUCGUGGACGAGAACCUGGACCGGAUGGUGCCCAUCUCCAAGCAGCCCAAAGAGAAGAUCCAGGCCAUCAUCGAAUCCUGCAGCCGGCAAUUCCCGGAGUUCCAGGAACGAGCGCGCAAACGCAUCCGCACUUACCUCAAAUCCUGCCGCCGCAUGAAGAAGAACGGCAUGGAAAUGACCAGGCCGACCCCUCCUCACCUGACCUCAGCCAUGGCCGAGAACAUCCUGGCAGCUGCUUGUGAAAGUGAGACCCGGAAAGCAGCCAAGCGGAUGCGGCUCGAGAUCUACCAGACGUCGCAGGACGAGCCAGUUUCACUCGACAAGCAGCAGUCCCGGGAUUCGUCCACCUCCGUCACGCAUUCGUCCUACUCACUGCCAGCUUCCUCCUCCUCCUUCUCCCAGGACCCCGUCUACAUCAACGGGAGUCUGAAUUACAGCUACCGCAGCUACGGGACACUGGGAGGCAAUUUGCAGCCGACUCCUCCACUCCAGACAGGGAAUCACAGUAACGGCCCUACUGACCUCAGCAUGAAAAGCGGCACGUCCAGCACCACCCCCCCUGCCAACAGCACGAACCGGGGGGUGCAGGCCGCCCAGCUCAGCCCAACCGAGAUCAGCGCCGUGCGGCAGCUGAUCGCUGGCUACCGGGAGUCUGCCGCCUUCCUCCUCCGCUCGGCCGACGAACUGGAAAACCUCAUUUUACAGCAGAACUGACUGCUCGCCUCCCUGGUGGCUCCUGUGCCGGAAGAGACUGUUGUCCACCACCACCA